AUGUUUGUUUGUGCUUUUAAAGUGUUUUGGGAGUCCCACCAGCGGUGUAAGGCCCACUUUGUGAGCCUGCAGCGAUGGUGGGACUAUGGGAAAGUGCAAAUAAGGCAGCUGUGUCAGGAGUACACUCAUGGUGUCACAAGAGACAGGGCCCAGCUUGUGAAGGAGCUGGAGACUACGGUGGUAGAACUGCAGCGUUUAGCAGUUUCUACAGGAGAACGGGGGUGUUUACAGUCCCUCAAAGUACAAAAGUCGGCUCUGGCCAGCCUGCUGGGCACCUCUGCACAGGGGGCUCUGGUCCGGUCCCGCCACAUGGAUCUGACCCAGAUGGAUGUACCCUCUCAGUUCUUUUUCAGUCUGGAGGUAAAGAACGGGCAGAAGAGGAUCAUCCAGUCUCUGCGCUCGGACAGCGGUCGCCUCAUCACGGACUCUGCCGAGGUCAGUGAUGAGGACAAUAAGAAACUGGAGGCCCCAGUGACUCUGGCUGACUUGGGCUCUGCAGUGGGGAGUCUAAAACCAGGCAGAGCUCCGGGCAUAGACGGACUUUUGGCCGAUUUUUACAAGGCCUUCUGGGACGUCUUGGGGCCGGACCUUCUGGAGGUCUUUACGGACAGUCUGGAGAGCGGUCGUUUGCCCCUGAGCUGCAGAAGAGCAGUACUGACUUUGCUCCCAAAGAAGGGUGAUCUGCAGCUCCUAAAGAACUGGAGGCCGGUGUCGCUGCUCUGCAUGGACUACAAGAUCCUGUCCAAGGUGUUGGCGUCCCGGCUGAGAGGGGUCAUGGCCUCGGUCAUCCACGUGGACCAGACGUACUGUGUGCCCAGCAGGCUCAUAGGGGAUAACAUCACCCUGAUCAGAGAUGUUUCGGAUGUCUCCGGCUCAUUGGGAAUCAACCUGGGACUGAUUUCCAUAGACCAGGAAAAGGCGUUUGACCGAGUUGAACACCAGUACCUCUGGCAGACCAUGACUGCCUUUGGGUUCAGCCCUGGGUUCAUCGCCCACAUCCGGACUCUGUAUUGUGACGUCAUGAGUGUACUGAAGGUGAAUGGGGGGCUCAGUGCUCCGUUCAGUGUGGGGAGGGGCAUCAGGCAGGGCUGCUCUCUGUCUGGGAUGCUCUACUCCCUCUCCAUCGAGCCCCUUCUGCAUCGGCUCAGAGCUGACCUGCAGGGGGUGCUGCUGCCUGGAGCACGACCAUUUAAGGUCUCUGCGUACGCAGAUGACCUCAUUGUGUUCGUUAACAGCCAGAGGGAUGUGGAGGUCCUGGCUGACACAGUGCAGGUCUUUGGUCAGGUCUCCAGCUCCAGGGUGAACUGGAGCAAGAGCUCGGCCACUCUGCUCGGGGAGGGCCUGAGGGGUCUCAGCCUGCCUGGGGGACUGCAGUUUGGUGACCUGCUGUGUCUCCUGCUGUGUCUCCUGCUGUGUCUCCUGCUGUGUCUCCUGCUGUGUCUCCUGCUGUGUCUCCUGCUGUGA